AAAAUAACAAUUAAAGUCUAUUUAUGGGUGCUUUUUUCUCCUUUUAUAAGCAGCAUAAAAUCCUGUUUUUGGGUUUGGCAACUUCAGGCAUUUUUUUAAGUGCUGGAUUUGUAUACUAUCGAAAUUAAUAAAAUCCAUACAUUAAGAAAGAUUAAGAAUGUUAAGGCCCACUAAAUACAUCAAAUACAAGGUAUGACAAUCAAAAUAAAAAUAAUAAAAAGACUAUGUUUAUUGAUUUAGAAAAGGACACAAUGUAAACAAGGUUCACAGCUGCAAUGAAUGCAUUUGAAAGUAUCUCUAAUUUGAUACAAGUGAAUUAUAUUCCGAAUACUAAUUGCUUAGAACCUUAAACAAUUGUGGAUAUACUUUAAUAUACAAUAGAUGUUGCAGGAGAUGAAUAUAUUCGAAUAACACUAGUAAAUAGAAAAUAGAGAAGGACUUAUAAAUCAAAUUCCCAACUUAAUUUAUAUAAAUAAUAAAUAUUGAAAUACAAUGAAGACAUUGAAGAGUUGCUAGAGAAAUCAUAAGCAGAACUAUUGUAAAGAUUGGGAGUUACCAAAGAGAUAUUUGAAGAAAGCAUGCUAGUUUUGAUGGAAAGAGGGUUCUUUUAAUAAUUAUAUAUGCUACAAGCUUCUGUAAAAUAAAAAAUUAAAGAAAAAAUUCUAUCAAACAAAGAUUUAUCGGUUUAAUAAGUUAAAGAAAUAAUAAGAUAUAACAUUAAAAUAUUAAAACAACAGCCAGAACCUUUCCAAUACAUAGUAAAUCAAAUGAUGAAUAAAAAUGAACUUAAAGAGUACAUACCUAAUGCAAUAAAUAUGAUUGUGUAGGAUUUUACAUACUAAAAAUUUAAAGUUGAAGAAGAGGAUCAAAUUAAAAAUCUUUAAAAACCAGAAUGUAUGGGUGACUCUGAAAUCCAUCAAUUAUUAGGAGAAAUAGAAACCACAAUGGCAGAAGUAAUGAAUUAAUUAGGCCUUGGAGGAAUAGAUAGCAUACCAGAAAAUUUUGAAAAUUUUACAUGA